AUGGGUGAUAUAAAAGACUCAGUGCCAGUCGUUUUGGCGGAAGGGCUCAAAUAUGAAUCUUCUCGAGAGAUGAUGGAUGAGUUCGACGAGCAGGGGGUUGUUGCCCCGACUGUCCCUCACAAGUACAGAGGCACGGUCACCGACAAGAGAGACAUGCAAACCCUUGGAAAAGUGCAGGUCUUGCGCCGCAACUUCAAGUUCGUGACAAUGUUGGGUUUCGCUUCGACUGUGAUCUGUACCUGGGAGGGUCUUCUAGUAAUCAUUUCCUUCGUUCUUACGGACGGAGGGACGGCGAACCUUUUCUGGGGCUACAUUGUCUGUGCGAUCGGGCUGUCGCUGGUUUAUGCAAGCUUGGCUGAAAUGGCUUCCAUGGCUCCUACUGCUGGGGGCCAGUACCACUGGGUGUCUGAAUUCGCCCCGCGCUCAAUACAAAAGCCGUUGAGUUAUAUAGUAGGAUGGCAAGUUUUCCUCGCCAGCGUCGCAUUCGUUGUCGGGACCGUUAUCCAAGGCUUGAUUAUCUUGAAUUAUGAAAAGUACGAAUACCAAGCUUGGCACGGAACACUCUUGGCUAUUGCUGUGAUCAUCUUUUCGAUAAUCUUCAACACCUUAUUCGCCACACGGUUGCCUCUAAUCCAAGGCAUCGUUCUUAUCAUUCAUAUAACUGGCCUUUUCGCCAUCAUUAUUCCUCUGUGGGCCUUAGCCCCUCGAGGAAAUCCCCACGAUGUUCUUCUUACAUUUACCAACAACGGCGGCUGGCCCACUACUGGUCUAUCCGCUAUGAUUGGCCUGGCCUCACCAAUCAGCUCCUUACUUGGGUAUGACUGCUCUGUACACAUGUCCGAAGAGAUUAAAGAUGCUUCAGCCACGUUACCAAAAGCAAUAAUGUGGUCGGUAGUUCUAAAUGCCUCCAUGGGUUUUAUUAUGGCUGUUACAAUAAUUUUCACCCUAGGCGAUGUUAUAAGCAUUUUGGAGACGCCAACCAAGUACCCUUUCAUUCAGGUGUUUUACAAUGCUACCCAAAGUCUCGCAGCCACCAAUAUUAUGACCGCUCUUAUUAUCAUUUGUAUUACCUCCUGCUGCAUCAGCGAGGUAGCUACAGCCUCAAGACAAACUUGGUCGUUUGCGCGCGAUAAUGGUCUACCCUUCUCUGACUUUCUUUCACAGGUUACCCCUGGCUGGAACAUCCCCCUUCGCGCCGUUUUAGUCUCCCUCUGCAUCACUGCCCUCCUCGCCUGCAUCAACAUUGGCUCCAACACCGCCCUAAACGCCAUGAACUCCCUUGGCGGUGUCUCUAUUAUAUCCUCUUAUUACAUCACCAUCGGCUGCGUCGUCCUAAAACGGCUCAAGGGCGAGCCUCUACCCGCACGGCGCUGGUCGCUAUGUCGAUACGGUCUCGGGAUCAACAUCGCUGCGCUGCUCUUCCUCACCCCGAUCUGGUUCUUCUAUUUCUGGCCCCUUACCAUGCCUGUUACUGCGCAGACUAUGAAUUGGGCUGUGCUUAUGUACGGAGGCAUGAUUGUUGUUUCCUUUGCGUAUUAUUUUGUCAAGGGGAGGCAUGUUUAUAUUGGGCCUGUUAUGCUGACGAAACGAGAUCUUCAGAAUUGA